AUGCGGCUACUCAUAUCAGCAUCCUCAUCAAGUGCUUCAUCCGGUUCCGAAUCCGAUAGCAGUGGACAAAUUCGUAUUGGACGAAUUAAGAAGGCAUCGUAUGAACAGCGUCAACGAUAUCAGCUGAUGAAGAGACUACGAACAAUGGUACCUAAUGCUCGGAGUGCUACUACACAACUUGAAUUGUUGCAGUAUAUCAUCGACUAUAUUACCGAUUUACAGCAAAUCGUGAAUGAUAACGAUGAUGAUAAUGUUAAUGAUAAUGAUGAUAGUGGUAUUGAUAAUAGAGCGAUAUCAACUGCUGCUAUGUCAUUCAAGCAAAAUCCAACAAUCACUGAUUUAUCGCUUUUAUUCUCCAAGAUUAAUACUACAAUCAAUACCACAUCUAUCAGUUCAAUGAAAUAUUCUACCAGACAUGAAUUUCAUCAACAGUAA